AUGGCCGACGCUAAGAGCACCUCGCCCGCUCCCCGGGAGAAGUUGGAAGCGCAGGUCAAGAGCGCUGACAUGGUGAGAACUAACACCCCCAUAGAGUUACUGUUGGGAUUUAAUAUUAACUUUUUUAAGACCGAGGACAUGCAACAGGAGUGCAUUGAAGUUGCUCAGGAGGCCAUGACCAAGUUUACUAUCGAGAAGGAUAUCGCCCAGCACAUCAAGCGUACUUUCGAUGAGCGCAAGGGUCCUACAUGGCACUGUAUUGUUGGCCGCAACUUCGGCAGCUUUGUCACGCACGAGACAAAGCAUUUCAUCUACUUUUACCUUGGCCACUGCGCCAUCCUCUUGUUCAAGACUCAAUAG